CAACUACAAUGAUGAUUUACAGUUACAUCAUAGUUCUGCUAUGCUUUUCGAAGGAUUUUAUUAGGCCAAUAAAAAGUGUUUAAUUUCCCCCUACGGUUUCAUUUUCAAUUUGCAUCUCUUCCUCAACAACGAAGUUCGUUAGGUUUGGUGAAAACUCUCUCUUCGGGUAGUGCUUCUGGAUUCAAAUAAACCAUAGUUCUAUGCAAUUCAUCGUUGUCAUAAAUACUUCUCAUUUUCAGUUACUCAAACACUUAAUUCAGUUCGUGAUUGUUUGUUUCGAACUUUCUGAAACUCAUCCGGAUGCAUUCAAUACUAUAUCGUGCUAUUAUUGUUGGUGAUUCCCGUUGCAUACGUUAUAGAUAUAGGCAUUUGUGUUCUUCUCUAGGAACUAGACAUUUUUCCCAUAAAGAACAAUGUGAAGAAGAGCUUAUCCGGUACCUGGACAUUCUCACUUUGAAACUUGGCAAAGGAAGCAGUGAGGAAGAAACCCUUGACACCCUCUUGAGUGAUGAAACUUGUGAUGCCAUACCCCUCUCCCAAAACCUGAUUCACCUGUUGCUCCAGCGAUACAAGGAUGAUUGGCAAUCUGCAUUGGGUGUAUUUAGAUGGGCUGGUUCACAGUCCAGCUUUAAACAUUCGCCGGAGUCAUAUGAUAUGAUGGUCGAUAUAUUGGGUAGAAUGAAGGUUAUGAAAAAGUUGAGGGAUUUGUUAGAUGAAAUGCGUAAGAGCGGUCUGGUCAUUUUGAAUACUGUGGUUAAGGUAAUGAGACGGUUUGUUGGGGCAGGGCACUGGGUAGAUGCAGUUAAGAUAUUUGAUGAUUUGCAAGCUCUGGGGUUGGAGAAGAACACAGAAUCCAUGAACUUGUUGCUUGAUACCCUAUGCAAAGAGAAAUUUGUGGAGCAAGCUCGUGAAAUUUUCUUGGAGCUGAAGCAGCACAUUGCUCCUAAUGCUCACACCUUCAACAUAUUCAUUCAUGGAUGGUGCAAAAUCUGCCGUGUUGAUGAGGCACAUUGGACGAUUGAAGAGAUGAAAGGAUAUGGUUGUCGCCCUUGUGUUAUAAGUUAUUCCACAAUCAUUCAGUGUUACUGUCAAGAAGGGAAUUUCAUCAAGGUGUAUGAGCUUCUUGACGAAAUGCAGACUCAAGGGUGCCCGGCUAAUAUGAUAACUUAUACUACUAUCAUGACUGCACUGGCAAAGGCUGAAAAGUUUGAGGAAGCUUUGAAAGUACCUGAGAGAAUGAGGUCUUCUGGAUGUAGGGCUGAGAAAAUUGAGGAUCUUAUGAAAAAGUUGUAAAUGCAUGGGCCUCUUAUUUGUGUGCGCACACUGCAUGUUUACACAUUAUGUUAACCAUUUGAUACAAAACCAGGACAUACAAAGAAGAGAGUGGCAUGGAAUUUUUAGAAUAGUAUAUCAAUGGCUUGAGUGCUCAUACAUUUCUUAUCUGCUUAGACUUUUAGUUGCU